GCAGCUAUCGUCGCCCUCUUCCCGACUUCCACUCCUCUCUCUCUCCUCGUCGCGGCGGCGGCGGCGACCGGAGAGGCGACGCCACCGAUCACCCGCUCCCUUUCCCCACCAGGGUCCCGCGCCACCACCGGUCGAGCGCCGAGCUCGCCUUCCUCGUCCCCCCCUCCUUCCCUCUCUGAGACGAAGCACGCCAGCUCGGAGGAGUUAGAAGCGUCGCCGCCGCCGCUGCCUUAUCCCUUCUGCUGCUGCUGCUGCUGGACUGGCGUGGAGCAGCGGAGAUCCACGCGCGGGCUUGGACUUGACUUCCCUUGCUGGGCUAUGAGAGACGACAUUUUAGUUUUAAACGGCAGCUAUUUCAUAGCCUGGAGUAAGCUUUUUCAUUCAGGAUAGCAUGGGGGGCUGCUGUUGCUGUUCAUCAAGAAACUCUGAGGCAGAUAGAGCACCAGUUCAUAUCUAUCGUCAGCAAAAUCAAGAGGAGCAUGAACCACUGUCUUCAGCCUAUGAUGGAUCAUCUCCAGCUUCUGCUAUAGUUGCUGUUGACACAAAUCUGGAUACAUCCACUCCUGAUACUUAUCGAGCACCACCUGCACCAUUGCCUUACGAUGUUACUUUGCCGGUCCCAGAAAACCCUGAUUUGGAGAAGUCAGACCUGAAGAGCAAAACUGAUGACCAGCAGGAAUCUUUAGAGAUGGAUGAGUACAAAUCAUGUGAAAAAGGUGUCCCUGAAGAUAAUCCUGAUGAGGAGGAUGUUUGCCCAAUCUGUCUAGAAGAAUAUGAUGCAGAAAAUCCUCGCUCUUUGACUAAAUGUGAGCAUCAUUUCCAUCUUUCUUGUAUACUUGAAUGGAUGGAGCGAAGUGAUACUUGCCCAGUUUGUGACCAGAUUACAUUGAUAGAUGAUAUGUAUGAAUAGCAUUGGAGCCCGUAACUAUUACGUUGGUUGAUGCUAGUCUGUAUUAAUGAGGAAGUAUGGUCAGCAAUAUCUGGUCAGAUUGGGGUGCUGUUGGAAUGGAUUUUGAGAAAACUACGGAAACAUAAUUAAAGAUGGAAAUGGAUUGAUAUUUGUCAAAAUCAUCUCAACUAUUUUACAUUCUGUUUGAAGCUUUAACAGGAGGAGAUUGGGUAGUAUCCAUAUGUACUACUGGUUCGUUUGCUUCAAAGUUUAUGAAACCCCAGAUCUAUCUGUUUCUUCGUAGUUUUGGACUUGGGAUGUCUGUCAUUUCAUUUCUGGUUGCGGUUAGCGUCUGUAUAAAUCAUGACACGUUAGAUAGGUGACAGGAAAAAAACUUAAUUCUAAUUGAAGUUAAACGAUCAAAGCUGUACAAGCUUCCUGUAUAUCCUUUGCCUUUUGAUUAAUCAGGGCUUAUUCAGUGCGGAGUCUUCUGUUGUGAAACAAGUUGGCUGAUUUAUGUAAAAUGAUAUAUACAUUUGCCUGCUCUAUAAUCUUGUCAAUUUUUUGUU